AUGUCGGUAGCGCCGGCAGUGAAGCGCGAGCGCGACUGCGGCGGUCCCGGCGUGAGCGGCGGCGAGGGCGAAGGCGGUGGCAGUCCAGGUCGCAAACGGCGCAAGCAAGCAGCACCGGCGCGAGCGCAGCCCCCACCACUCGAUAUUCACGCAAAAAUGGCCGACAUAUAUAAAAGCGCGCUGGCUUUUGGUGAACUUACCCUCCCUACGUUUGAUCCCCUUGCUGCCUUUCGUCUGCUACCUCGACACGACCCCCCCAGGAUCUUCAACCCUGAAGCCUAUUGCGAUCUGUGUUGUAAGGAGUUCUGCAAUAAGUACUUCUUAAAAACUCACCGAGCUAAUAAACACGGUAUUUACGACGGCGAGCCCCAAAAUCAUCCAGGAUUUCAACCACAAAUGCAGCAAACUACACCUCCUCGACGAGCUUCAGAUGAAGAAUCUGGUGGAACACCACGCCGUCUAUCACCUGACUCGGCGAGACGUGCCCGCGAAUCAGCAUUCCAGCCUGAUGUACUUCGGCGACUUGGCGUAACAAAUCCAGAAGCAUUUUGUGAAAUUUGUUGCAAGGAGUAUUGUAAUAAGUACUUUUUGCGUACUCAUCGAGAGAGAAGACACGGAGUUCCUCCUCUACGUUCACCCGCAAUGGAUACUUCACCUUUAGCAGGGACUUCACCAUCUAUACCAAUUUUACAGACAUCACCUCACAUUGAAACUCCCCCGAGAGCGCUAUCUCUACCACCACCGUUUGAUAAUGAAGAUCCUCCUGAAAUAAAACAGGAGCGCGAGGAUCGCGAAGAACUAGAAACUGUGUUACGAGAAAGUCAAACAAGCCCUCUAAAUUUGAUAGUAGAAGAGAGGGGAGCAGCGUCACCUGGGUCUGCAAGUGAAGAAUUACGCAAGCUUCAAACUAUGAUAUCACAACUAAAUGAACUUGCAGCAGAGCGACUCGUAGAUGAGCCUAACGAGGCACCUCGACCCCCUUCAUCUUCUCCCCCGCCUCAAGAUGAAAGGCGUGGCGGGGCAGGCUCGAGUUUUUGUGAGAUAUGCAACAAAGAGUUAUGCAAUAAGUAUUUUAUGCGAACACAUAUGCAACGUAUGCAUGGUAUCUCGUUGGAAAGCGGGACGCAGCUAGGAGGUGUCACGUGUGAUAUUUGCCAUAAGGAGUUGUGCAGUAAAUAUUUUUUGCGCGUACAUAAACAUAAUACACAUGGAAUUCCCGCUCCUCCCGCUCCCGCAAACGCCGCCCCCUCGGAGCCUUGUCCGUUAUGUGCUCGGCGCUUCCGCGGACCACGUGCGCUCAGAGCUCAUUUACUAGCUGAGCAUGCUCCACCUGCGCGACCACCUCCACCGCCGCCUUUACCUCCGCGACCGUUAGACCUUCUCGCACGCGACAAACCAUACGCGUGCGCUUACUGCCCGUUCACUACCGACGUUCUCGCCUUUUUGUUUGCUCACGAGCGAGCACACAUUCAACGCGCUAAUGAACAACAGGAGAGUGGAGAAAUGGAGCAAGAGGGUAGUGCUGAGCCGAGUGAAACAGGGGAAGUUGAGGCGGAAAAUGACGGUGAUGCAUACUCAUGCUCAAGAUGUGAGUUUCGUGCGGAAGGGUUUGCUGCACUCGAAGCCCAUGUCAGGUCGACGCACGGCGGUGCAGGUGCGCUGCUGGCAGUGCCACGAGCGCCACGUGCGCCCCUUACAAUGCAACCCUUCGUGCUAGAGGAGGCGGGCGGCGCGCUCAGUCUCCUGCCGGCACUCGUGUUCUUGCCGGUGCGCCGCCGUGCUACUCGCCGUGCCACCGUCACGCUCACGCUAACGCCUGCCUAG